AUGCUUAUAGUAAAAAGUUUAAUUAACAUAUCUUAUUUACAAGUAUUAUUGUUGAAAUUCUUUUGGAUACUUACGUUGCAGGUUGCUUAUGUCAUUCCAGUAGGAGAAAAGCAAUAUUUAGUCCAUCUCAAAAAGCAAUCAUUUAUAUCUUCAGGUUCUGUUGUUUCUUAUUACAAAAAGGACGUCAUGCAUUCUAAGCCUUUAAAAACUCAGAUGGAUUGCAAUUAUCAAGGAUAUGUUGCAGGUUUUCCGAAUUCCAUUGUGACACUCAGCAUUUGUUCAGGACUCAGGGGACUACUACAGUUUGAAAACAUCUCGUAUGGAAUUGAACCAAUGGAGGCCGUGUCAGGAUUUGUGCAUAUGAUUUAUGAAGGAAAAAAUGAUAAUGUUCCUCUUUUAAGAGACAGUGACAUUUAUUCUUGGUCUAGAGAUUCACACUAUGAAGUCAGAAAAACUUCACAAGGAACUGAAUUUUUUAAGAUAUCACCUCUCUAUCUUGAAAUGCACAUUGUUGUGGAUAAAGAUUUGAUGCUAACCCAGUUAAAACUGACAGUUGUAGUAUCUUCCAUAGAAAUCUGGUCAGAUAAAAACAAAAUUUCUACUACAGGCAAUCCUGAUCAUAUAUUAUUUAGGCUAUUAGAAUGGGAACAAAAGUUGCUUAUACUUCGGCCCCAUCACACUACAUUCUUGUUUUCCUUCAGGAAUUAUACUAGUUUAAUAGGAACCACUUACCCUGGAAAAUUGUGUCUCCUGGAUUAUGCCAAAGGAGUUGCUUUGUAUUCAAAAGGUUUAUCCUUGGAGUCAUUUGCUGUUAUUAUUGUGCAAUUACUUGGCCUUAAUGUGGGAUUAACUUAUGACAGUAAUAUUGGCAGUUGCCAUUGUUCAGCUGAUGUUUGCACAAUGACGCCAAAAGCAGUGCAUUUUCAAGGCAUAAAGGAAUUUAGCAUCUGUAGCUUGGAUGAAUUUAAAUAUAUUACCGCACAAUCUGGCCUUAAAUGUCUUUUGAAUCACCCUAUUGAUGUGCCAGUUUAUAAACAAGCCAGAGUAUGUGGCAACGGAAUAUUGGAUCCUGGUGAACAGUGUGAUUGUGGUACUACAACGACUUGUACACAUAAACGAUGCUGUGAUGCUAGAACAUGUAUAAUCAAAAAAGAUAUGGAUUGUGGUUCUGGAAGGUGCUGCACACAGAAUUGCAAGAUAAAACCAGCUGAUGUAGUAUGCAGGCCAUCGGUUGAUAAAGAAUGUGAUUUUACUGAAUAUUGUAAUGGUACUUCUGGAAGUUGUGUGCCUGACACUUUCGCACGCAAUGGACAGUAUUGUGACUCAGGUGAUGCUUUCUGUUAUCAAGGAAAAUGCCGAUCAUUUGACAGGCAGUGCCAGGCAUUAAUUGGAGGAGGUAAGAGUUUUAUUCAGGGAAGAUAUGCCUCUGCUCGAACACAGCUUCAACUCAUUGCCUACAUUUGUCUACCUGUCCUCAUUAUUACUACUGCUGUAUUGAUAAAGCAGACUAAAUUAAGGAAGUUAUAUUAUAGAGAGGAAAGUGACAGUGAGGGGUCUGUGACAGAAGAAAACAGCAGUAGCAGCAAGGUAUCCCUCAGUGCAAGGGCAGAUGGCAAGGAACUGCAUAAUUUAGCGGCCGAAGAUAAGAGUGAGGCGUGCCUGCAAUGUGGCAGGCAAGAGGUGUUUCUGAUUGAAGAACUGCUGUGUCCUAAGAUUUUUGAUCCUGAAUUGUUACCUGCUCAUUUCCCUAGUCAACCCCAUAAUCAUGACUUUUGUUAUAAGUUCUUUGGAGCCAUUGAAAUGGGUUAUCAAACCCAGAUGUGA